UUUCCUGUUGCUACUGUCACUCACAGUGUCCGUGAAGAUAAGAUGCAAAAUGGCUGACCAGUACCUGAUAAUGUCCUGUAAACAGCUCUACCUGGGAUUAUUAAUAUGGAAGCCAAUGAUGCUACAGUCACUCAUAAUGUCUGUGAAGAGAAGAUAAAUAAUGGCCAUCCAGCACCUGAUAACUUUUUGCCAACCAUUACACGAGUGCUUAUUAAUCUGUCAGGAGCUAACAUUCCACCCAUGAGUACCAGGGAUCAGUACUCUACUGUCACUCACAAUGUCCAUGAAGAGAAGAUGGAAGAUGGCCAACCAGCACCUGAUACCAUCUUGUCAGCUAUUCUGCCAGGGCUUAUUAAUAUGGCAGGAGCUGGUAUUCCAGCCAUGAGUACUAAUGAUCUCUGUAUGUUCGCUUAUGCUACCAUCACUCACAAUGUCGGCGAAAAGACUAUAAAAACGGCCAACCAGCACCAGAUAACUUACUGUCCACUGUUAACACCAGGGCUUAUUAAUUUGGCAGGAGCUGGUAUUCCAGCCAUGAGUCCCAGGGAUCUGUAUGCUACCAUCACUCACAAUGUCUGUGAAGAGAAGAUACAAAAAGUCCAACCAGCACCUCAUAACUUCUUGUCAACUGUUGCAUCAGGGUUUAUUAAUAUGGCAGAAGCUGAUGCCACCAACAAUCAUAGUCUCCAUGAGGAGAAGAUGAAAAAUGGCCAAGAAGCACCUGAUAACUCCUUGUCAGUGGUUCCACCAGGGCGUAUUAAUCUGUCAGGAGCUGGUACUUCAUCCACGAGUACCAGGGAUCUCUAUGCUACUGCCAUUAACGAUAUCAAGAAGGAGGAGUUGGAAAAUGGUCAAACCCCUCCUGAUGGCUUCCUGUCAGAUUCUGCUCCACCAGAGCUUAUAAAUAUGACAGGAGAUCGUAUGCCACCCAACCCAUUGGAUUCUUUCUCUUACAACUUCACUAGUCUCAGCAAAGAUGAGCUGCUUUACAAAAUUAAUAGUAAUGAGUUUGUGGUAGGAACCCAAAACAACAGUGUCUCUGCAGGUGACUCACCAGUCACAGCAAUAUCUUCAAUGGAAACUGUGCCAAAUACGACACAAAUAUCUCCUGCUAUGGCAAAGAAAAUUAAUGAUGAAUAUCAAUUAAUGAAAGAAGUUUGAAGGUUUGGGCAAAAUUAUGAAAGAAUUUUCAUUUUGCUUGAAGAAGUACAAGGAUCUCUGAAAGUCAAGAGACCAUUUGUUGAAUUUAUCAUCAAGGAAGCAGCAAGGUUUAAAAAAGUUGUGUUAAUUCAGCAAUUCAAGAAGGUGCUUAAAGAAAUAGAUUCCCACUGCCAUCUCAGAAAAGUUAAGCACAUGAGGAAAAAAUAA